CCACUGCAGCACUGCUAACGUUGCUUUCGUCCUACUCCAAAAUAAGCUUCUUCUUAUGGACUAAAACCUUUUCUUCAGAAAGAAGAAGAAGAAGAAGAGAGAUUAACUAUUCCUUCUUCGCCAAGUUCUCUGAGAUAGAGAGUAAGGAGGGAUUUCUUCUUCACUCUUUUGACCAUCAUUGUUGCCCACCUUCUUUGCUUGAGAUUUUUCGCCGCAAUUUGCUCGCUUACUGACAAAAGUCAAGUCUCUCUCUCUCUCUCUCUCUCUCUUUGGAGGCUCAAUUAGGGUUUUGUUGCUGUGAGAUUUGAUUACGCAAAUUGCUGAAUUUGGUUUCGAUUAUUGGCGUGAGACGGUGUUAUUUCCGGAGAUUUCCAGUGAGUUUCCGUUUAUGGAUCUGACUGGAGGAUUUGGAGCUAGAUCCAGCGGUGUUGGACCGGGCCGGGAACCAAUAGGGCUUGAAUCGCUACAUCUCGGUGACGAAUUUCGGCAACUAGUGACGACGUUACCUCCUGAGAACGCCGGCGGCUCGUUCACGGCUUUGCUUGAGCUUCCGCCUACACAAGCAGUGGAGCUUCUUCAUUUCACUGAUUCUUCGUCUUCUCAAGCGGCGGCCGUGACUGGGAUCGGUGGAGAGAUUGCUCCACCGCUUCACUCUUUUGGUGGGACAUUGGCUUUUCCUUCUAACUCAGUUCUCAUGGAGCGAGCAGCUCGGUUCUCUGUGAUUGCUACUGAGCAACAAAACGGAAAUAUCUCCGGGGAGACUCCGACGAGCUCUGUACCUUCCAAUUCCAGCGCUAAUCUCGACAGAGUCAAGACCGAGCCUGGUGAGACCGAUUCAUCUCAGCGGUUGAUUUCUGAUUCAGCGAUUGAGAAUCAAAUCCCUUGCCCUAACCAGAACAAUCGAAAUGGAAAGAGGAAAGAUUUCGAAAAGAAGGGUAAAAGCUCGACGAAGAAGAACAAAAGCUCCGAAGAGAACGAGAAGCUGCCAUAUGUUCACGUUAGAGCUCGUCGUGGUCAAGCAACCGAUAGCCAUAGCUUAGCAGAACGAGCAAGAAGGGAGAAGAUAAAUGCACGAAUGAAGCUGCUACAGGAACUGGUCCCAGGCUGUGAUAAGAUUCAAGGUACCGCGCUGGUGCUGGAUGAAAUCAUUAACCAUGUCCAGUCAUUACAACGUCAAGUGGAGAUGCUAUCAAUGAGACUUGCAGCGGUAAACCCCAGAAUCGACUUCAAUCUCGACACCAUAUUGGCUUCAGAAAAUGGUUCUUUAAUGGAUGGGAGCUUCAAUGGCACACCAAUGCAGCUUGCUUGGCCUCAUCAAGCCAUUGAGACCGAACAGUCCUUUCAUCACCGGCAACUGCCACCACCACCAACACAACAGUGGCCUUUUGACGGCUUGAACCAGCCGGUAUGGGGAAGAGAAGAGGAUCAAGCUGAUGGCAAUGAUAACAGCAAUUUGAUGGCGGUUUCUGAAAAUGUAAUGGUGGCUUCUGCUAAUUUGCACCCAAAUCAGGUCAAAAUGGAGCUAAUCUCUUAUAAGAUUCACAUCCGUUUCGAAGCAAUGGAACUCGAUGAUCAAAUCAACAUCUUUUGCGUCGAGACAUCUAAUCCGAGCGCAGUCACGAAAUCCGAGUAUCCUUCUUGCCGGUGCCCGCGCUUGGAAUGAACCAUAUCCAUUUUGUUAUCUUAAGAAAGUGGAGUUAGGAUC